AUGGAGACCGAGAAGCUGCAUCAGAUUGGGAGAGACAUCGGCUUAACCGGAGCUGACCUUGCCCAAUUUAUUAAGGAGGGAAUUCAGUACGAGCGGGAGAAAGAAACUGCCGCUCGAGAGGAGAGAAAGGAAGAAAGAGCAUGGAAGCAAGCAGAACUGAAGGCGCAAGAAGCAAAGGUGCAAGCAGAGGUCAGAAGAGAAGAGAUAAAGCUCCGUCAGAUGGAGCUGAAGAAGGAAUCGGUCGAAGAGAAAUCGUCGGAGAGCGAGCACAAUGUCAAGGUAAGGUAUCCUAAGUUACCGGUUUUUAAUGAGAAGGCAGAUGACAUUGAUGCAUAUCUCCAAAGAUUUGAGCGGUUUGCCACUAGUGCGGGCUGGCCGGAGGAUAUUUGGGCGAUAAGCUUAGCCUCGUUGCUCCAGGGACGAGCCCUAGAUAUCUACCAUCAACUAUCGCAGACUGAUGCAGGGAAUUACAGUGAGCUGAAAUCGGCUUUAUUAAGAGGUUUUGACUGUACUGUAGAAGGAUUCAGAGUUAAGUUUAGAAGCUGUAGAUUUUCUCGUGGUGAAACGGCCAAACAGUUAAUUGCCAGGAUGACGAAAUUGUGUGAACGGUGGAUAGAAAUGGAAAACUGUAGCGCUAGCUAUAAUUCUUUGAAAGACGUAAUGAUAAGGGAACAAUUUAUCUCUUCCUGUGAUCGUAAUUUAAAACUAUUUCUUAAGGAACGCUCACUGGCGACUUUGCAGGAUCUUGAAGAAAGUGCAGAUCGGUAUAUCGAGGCCCACGGUCAUUUUAGCCUUAGAACCCCCCAACAAGCACCUGUGUCAAGUCAAUCGUCGGCGCAGCAGUUCGGGCAGGUAAAUGAGGGCAAUGACAGGAGCUUCAGAAAGACCCAAUCUUCUACGCUUCCCCAGGUAAAAUGUUAUAUUUGUCAAAAGGGGGGACAUAAGGCGUGGGAUUGUUAUUUCAGACCAAAUGCAAAUAAAAGUAGGUCUGCAAGCACGUCAGCGACGUCCGGAGUAAUGAGGAAAGAGGCCGCUGCGGCGACAUCACAGGGAGCGCAGCGCAUCGCUGAGCCCCCGCGAGACGACGCGGCGCAAAUUGUGCAGGUCGACCCGGUGCAGAUGAUUGACGAUCACGGCUGGAUAAAGGUAAAUGAAAAGGGAUUCCGGGUGGCUUGUGGUGGAUCAGGAAAAACUGGAAAUUCGAAGUUAAUCACCAAACCGGGAGAAGUGGAAGGACACAAAGUGACGGUAAUGAGGGACAACGGCUGUACGACGGUGUUGGUGAAGAGGAGUUUGGUACCUAAUUAUAAGUUGACAGGUAAAAACUGUGUAGUUAAAAUGGCUAAUUCGGAUGUAUUUUGUUAUCCGGAAGCAGAAAUCACUGUACAGAGUCCUUUCUAUACAGGAAUAACUAAAGCUGUUUGUGUACCUAAUCCUAUAUAUGACUUAGUAAUCGGAAAUAUACCAGGCGUUAGGGCAGGAAAAGAUGGUGACGGUAAACACACAUGUGGUGUAAUGACACGUAACAGGCAGGCGCCAGAAAGGAAACCGCCACAACUUAAGGUAUUGGCAGUGUCUAACAUGUUAAAUAUGACGAUCAAGCAAGCACAGCAAGAAGACAAGACCUUAGAUGGAGUAAGAAAGUAUGCAGAGGAAAGCAAAGAAUGUUAUCGUAGAAAGAAUAAGGAAUUUUCUAAGUAUAUACUAAAGCGAGGAGUUCUUUACAGACAAGUGAAAAUUGGUAAUUUAGAGAGGGAGCAACUCCUUGUUCCAUCUCAGUGUCGCUCCGCCGUACUCGACUUGGCUCAUUCAAGCAUCAUGGGAGGUCAUCUGGCGACGGGAAAAACCAAAGAUCGAGUGAUGGAGAAGUUUUUUUGGCCCGGUAUAACAAAGGACAUUGAACGAUAUUGCAGAUCGUGUGAUGUGUGUCAGAGGACUGUUGAUAAAGGUAAAGUACGAAGGGCAAAAUUAGGGAAAAUGCCAAUAAUUGGAGAACCUUUUUCUCGUUUAGCUGUUGAUAUUGUCGGCCCAAUUGAUCCGCGAUCUUCUGACGGUUCGAGAUACAUCUUGACGGUAGUGGACUUCGCGACCAGAUACCCGGAGGCUGUGGCACUGCAGAACAUCGAUACUAUAUCCGUGGCGGAAGCUCUGAGAAGUUCCACAGGCAAGCACAAAGUUUUCGCCAUUUGA